AGACAGCACAGUUCAAGGACUUGGUAAUGGUAGCAGUACGCAGCAUUUCGUGAGAGAGAGAGAGUGAUAGAGUCACGGCGACGAGCCAAGCAUUCCUAUAUCCCGCUGUCAGAAGAUUGAAAAAUGCUUUACUAAAGCUCUGCCUAGUGUAUAAGGCACACAGCCUAUGCUGGCUCUCUUUAUGUUAUUCUGUUGUAAAUUUGAUAUUUCAUCAUGGAUCUAAUCAGACAUUCUUGUUCAGCAUGUUUAUCAGCUUUUAAGAAGAUUAAUCCCUCGUCGAAAUGCUCUGGUAUAUUCGCGAUGCUUCGUUUCGGAGUUAUAUUAUGGAUAUUACUAAUUACCGCACGGGGAACGAGCUGUGAGGUAACGAUACGGAGAAACACUGUGGUCUCGUGGGCUGAUGAAUUAGGAAGGCGAUUAUACAACCUAAGUAGAACAUACAGUGGAAGCGAUGUUGUUCACGAGCAAUAUAGCAACGAACAGAACAUUGAGAUCGUACCUGUUGAUGGAGUGGAGCUGGUUCGUGAUAUGGCUCACCAGAUGGAGACAAUGUUACAGGACAAGGCUAAAGCUGUCGAGAGAAUCGUUCAGGCGGCCGAGGAAGGUUUUCUGAAUCAUGACUACGACAAUGCAACAGAGUUCACGUACUACAAUGCAAUACUUAUAAAUUCGAAUGCUACAACGAGCCCGGAUUUAGAGAAAGAUAUCCGGAAAGACCUGGACGUUACACCGGAUUCCCAUUUUGAAAACAUCCCGAUCAACACUUCUAUUGCAGCUAUUCAAGUGCCAACUAACGUGUACAAUCAAGGUACUGAAGUGCUGAAUAGUAUUGAAGCCACGGAGUUGUUAGACACAACCUAUCGGGAAAACUACCAAAACGACCCGACUCUGACCUGGCAAUUCUUUGGCAGCAGAACAGGCUACUUCAGAUUGUACCCGGGAUAUAAAUGGAUACCGCCUCAGGAGAAUCUCGAUCUAUACGAUUGUAGAGUACGUGGAUGGUAUGUUGAAGGGGCGACAUCCCCUAAAGACGUGGUGAUUUUGGUCGACAUGAGCGGCAGCAUGACUGGACUCUACGUCGAGAUAGCCAAAUACGCCAUUAAAAAGAUCCUGGACACAUUUGGCGAUAACGAUUUCGUCAACGUCAUCAGCUUCAACGAAACCACCAAGUUUAUUCAGCCUUGUUUUAACGAUACCAUGGUGCAAGCUACUUCAGAUAACAAAAACUUGAUUAAAGAUGCACUCACUAGAACUGUCCCCAAACUGGAGCCGUACGGUAUGGCAGACCUAUCAAGAGCUGUGAGAUAUGCAUUCAAUUUAUUGAACGAUUUUAACAGCACAAACCGUGGCUCUGAAUGCAACCAGGCAAUCAUGAUCAUCUCCGAUAUGCUCACCGAAACAGCUGAAGACGUCUUCAAAGAACUCAACCCAAAUCAAACGACAAGAGUGUUCACCUACCAAACAGGACGUGAAGUAGAUGGACCUACUAAUCUCAUCAAGGUCGCAUGUGACAAUCGAGGUUACUACACUCGACUAGCAACAAUCUCUGAUGUCGAAGAACAUGUUACGAGUUAUCUUCAUGUGCUUAGUCGACCGAUGGUGAAUAAACGACUUCGUAAAACCGUCUGGAGUAGCGUCUAUUGGGAUGCCUUAGGUCUUGGUUUGACAUGCUCUGUAUCUCAACCAGUCUUCAACGUCAAAAACGAAACGAUGGACAAGGGAAUUCUCGAAGGAGUAGCAGGAUGCGAUGUUCCCAUCAAGGAAUUGAAAAAGUUUACCCCGCCGUUUAAGCUCGGUGUGAAUGGAUACUCGUUCGCGGUUACAAAUAACGGAUACAUCCUCUUCCAUCCGGAACUGAGAUAUCUUCAUACAGAUGGGAGUGUCAAACCGAAUUACAACAGUGUGGAUCUAUCCGAAGUUGAAUUAUCCGAUACUGACGAUGUGGACAUCCAACCGAGAUCUUCGCAACUAGUUACGCCGAUGGAGCUCCGUAAUUCAUUGGUUGACCGGGAUACAGGCGGCGUUACCAUGGAGAUUAAGUACAUGUUUGAUGAGAUGAAAAGAGUCAGCAUUCGUCGUAGCAAAUAUUACUUCACAUUUUUAUUCGAAACACCCUACAGCUUGGGUAUCUCUCUCCCUGAGGCAUACGCUAGUAAACAUCUGAAAACUCCAGCUACGUUUGACAUGGAAUCUUCAGGCAACUAUUCAAGUGCAGAUGUAUGCGAAAUACAACAAGCUGCAAGACUUUUAUUUGGAGACGGAACGCUGGGGACAACAAUUAUUGCCAAUUGGUUAUACUGUAAGAUCAAUUACAGUUCUUCUGAGCGAUACGAGGGUGAGGAGCAUGUGGCUAGAUUCCUUGAAGAUGCCGCCAAAAGAGGUGGCAAACUGAGCCCUACUUGUGACACUGUGAUGGUGAACCACCUAAUCUUUGAUGCUAAUGUCACUCGCUUUAUGCCGGAUUACUGGAAAUUGGUUUACGGUGAAGCGCUUCCAAGCACCGUGGACACCACCAUGUUCACCACCCUAUCAACCAACGAGUCCGAUUCAGAUGCAAUCUCCAGCAUCCAGGACAUCUUGGCCCAGAUAGAUGACUAUUGUUCCCCUGGAGGACAGGGGUACACCACGGCCACACCCCACAAUAAGACAGAAGAUUCUGAGGAUGGAGAAGUAAUGACUACAGAAGAUAGUGGCACGCAUCCUACAGAAGCACCCAACAUGCGUUACACCACAUCGCUCUUUGGAACAACGGAAGAUGUUCCAUACGUGGAAUUCCCAUACCUCGAUCCAAUAAGAGACGGUGUGGUCCUGUCCUUUCUUGGUACAUACGGUGGCCUAACACGGAUAUACCACAACCCAAACAUGUACUAUCCAUUUUCGGAUUUUUCCAACAAAGAGGAACAAAGCACAAUCGAGGAGGAUUACUUUAGAAGACCAGUAGAUGAAAUCAACGAGGGAUUUAUAUAUUCUGUCCCGUUUGAUUCGGAGUUAGAAUACAGCUUUGAUCCUUUGGUGACAGCAAGCACAGCAAUACGUGCUACCAAAGAUGGUUCUUCAUUUGUUACAGCGGCUGCUGGCUAUCAAUUUUUGGAGAGUGCCUUACAGGAUUUAUUUUUCAACAUUACACGCCAACACGACGAAGAGGACUGUGGCUACGACUGCACCCCGUCAUGUUUCAAUGACAGUGUAGAUUGCUUCCUCAUCGACAACCAUGGUUACAUUGUAGUUUCAAAGGACCAAUCACAGGUGGGAUCACAUUUUGCCUCGCAUUCACAGAACAUAAGAUUGUUCGACAAGCUUAUCAACGAUGACAUAUUCAAGGAAGUAAAAGUGGUUGAUUAUCAAGGAAUGUGUGGCCGUGAUAUCAUAGUCAGUGCUGCCCCAACGCUUCACAAUACAUUAUCAAAUAUUCUGUCAAUGUUCACCUGGUUGGCCAAUCAAUUCACAGUCUUCCUAAGCCAUAUCAGUGUGUACGAUUGGUUGGUAUCUACAUUAUCGCCUGUAGAUGCAUUAGCUGAGAGAGUAUGGUAUGAGCCCUGUGAUCUCGAGUACUCAUUUUAUGUUGCGAAUAAAUCUGAUAACUUCGUGGGAGGCCAACUAUACGGUUACUUCCAAACUUUUUGUGACGACUGCAUCAAAUCUUUCGGUGUGCAGCCAGUGCCUUAUUCUAACCUCCUUCUAGUCAUCCAGGACAGAGACUGUACAUGCGAGCCUAGAGAUAGCGUUCAACUAGAUCCUAUAGAGGUAGAAUACAAUGAAACAGCCUGGUGCCAAAAACUACGACAAUUCAAGACAAGGCGGAGACCUGAUACGUGCUUCAACUAUGAUAAAAAAGAGGAUUCUUCAGAGUGUGGGCGUGGCUUCGCAACCCAACCUUCCACCAUUCUCAUUCUCACUGCUCUUGUUUUGACCGCAUGGUGGCGUCACCAUUAACUGUCUUUGGUCUCCAAAGGACAAAUUUUGCCGUUAUUCUUCUCUUGACAUGUUUAAUUUGGUGUGCGAUUUUCAUUUACGGUGCAGAAGCAAUUUGAACAAUAAAAUAUUUCAAGCGGAUGAUGAAUACUUCCAAGCUAUAUAUUCGGAUCCGAAUUCACGAGGAUGGAAUUCAAGAGAAGAAAAACCAAUCCUUGAUGAUAUUCUUCAUACUUUACUUCUGUGCUGGGAUGUUCUCUUGUGCAAUCUAUUGGACACUGAAAUGAUGAGCCCGUCAGCUCUCAAGGACUAUAGUGUUGUGACAAAGAGGGUGAAAAAGUGUUGUGACAGAGAGGGUGAAAAGAAAGCAGAAUUCCUUUUAUUUAUAAAAGGAAGAGCUUGGAUUUCGGAAUGUUUAAUUAUACUUCUUCCUCAUAAACUAUGACAAUAUGCGAGUGGUAUAUGGCUCGAUAUCAUGAAUGGCGUUUUAUUAAUUGAUUUAUUGCACAUUUGAAAUCAAAGAGGUCAAAUCAUUUCAUGCAUGUUCAUUUCAUAAUGGAACAAUUAAUCUCGUUGGUAUACCCAGUGUCUUGAGUUUACCAUAGCCUUGUGACCGAUUGACAUAUACAAUAUUUGAAUCAUUUUGACUAUGUCAUGAGUGAUGUCUCAUCAUGACGAGUUCUACGUAGGAAGUUUAUCAAUUUGAUUUUGACUACAUUUUUAUAUUAACAUGACAUUAGUGCAUUACAAGGAUUUUUUAUACUAGGUGAGCAACAUUUGCUUUACGUUUUUCGUAUACGGUUUGUGCCUUUUUUACAUUUUUGAAUUAAAAUGUUUUUACCUCUUGUAUGGUGAUGAAGGAUGAAGGAUAAAAAGGUUGAUGGUGGAGGCCUAUACAAAUAGUAAUGUAAAAAAAAAAUGAAACAAGAGCAAUUACAAAAUGUUAUUUAUCAUAAUUAUUCAUGUCGAGAAAGCGUCUCAAUAAUUAUGUUUCUUUUUAUUUUCAGCCUGAUUCAGGUAUGGUCUUUUUUCAUGAUUCAGCUGAUCAUUUAGCAUGAGGCAAUGUUAAUGACCUUUUUAAAACAAACUGCCUGAUUAUUUCACUCACCUGAUGGUGAGUUAUAAUUAUGAAAGAAUCGUUCAAGCCUAUGCGAUUUCAGUUGCAGAAUGUCUUUCAAGUGAUAAAGUGCGUUAUUUUGUUACACCUCGAGUUGAAGCAAAAUUACAAUAUAUUUCUUUGCUUUUUGUCUCUAGAUUUGUUUAAUGUGUAUCGAACUACCGCUGAAAGGGUAAUGCACUUGUUAAUUUUAUUUAAUCAUAGCAGUAUUCAGAAACGUGGAUCGAGAAACGUGGAUAUAUUAAUAAUUUGAAUAGGGAAAGUAUGUAUAAUCAAUCAUCAACAUCAAUAUGUAGGUGUAAAGUAAUUUAAUUGAAAAUAUCCGUAUAUUUGAAUUAUAAAAUUGAACUUUAUUCCUUUGCAUCUUUUGGUUUCAGUAAAUGGAUUAUAUUCAAAUUCUUCUCCAUCUCUCUCUCUCUCUUUUCAUCUUUAUAUAUCACUAAUAUUUUCCGAAAAUUUUGUUGAGCUCUUUAAAAUAUGAAUUGAAGCAAAUGCAGUAUUGUGAUAUGCAUUAAGCAUAAGAUUUAUUCAGUGUGUGCCAUUUCUUGACAUAUAAUGUGAUUAUGAAAUUAGGCUAGUGCUGGCAAAUGCCAAACGUUUUCUAAAAUGAGAUGAAAUUCAGGUAAAAUCGAUCAAACCAAGUAACAAACCUACACGAAUUAAUCAACAUGAUCAAUGUCAAUGAUCAAAGAUUUUAAAUUAAAAUGUGGAUAGCAAGGGAGCCGAACAACAACAAAAACUGAAAACCGUCGGGUGAAAAAUAAUUUCCAUUCCCUGAAAAGGGAGAUCGUCUUGUAGUAACAAAUUACGUAGUCUGCACUUUCCAUGGGACCUACAUGCAGUCCACCCCAUAAUAAUAGGCCAAGCAAAAUGAGAAAAUAUGUUUCCCUGUGAAACACUAUGAAUACGAUUUGAAUUUAACAAAAAACAUUUGGCCCGUACCGCCUUAACAUUUCAAAAGAUUAAUUUGUUUUAAAGGGCCCUUUUUUUUGUUACAAUGGUGCUCUGUGGGGCUUCCAACCUCGUGUCGAACGUGUACUAUCAGUGAUACUUCUUGAUUUGUAUUUUCUCAGGCUGUAGAGCUUGAACAACAGUGCUUUUU